GGUGCAGCAGUUUGUUUACAGGGAGAAGAGCCAGGGGGAAAGUACACAGCCCUGAGGAGUACCAGUUUUCGUGGUUCGACUGUCCGAGACAAUCUUCCCCAGCCGCACGUGCUGUUUUCUGUCCGUCAGGAAGUCACUGAUCCAACUGCAGAGGGAGUUGGGCACGCUGAGCUGGUAGAGAUUGUCUCGUAGCAGUCCAGGGAGGAUGGUGUUGAAGCCAGAGCUGAAGUCCACAAAUAGGAUCCUGGCGUAGGUUCCUGGGGAGUCCAGAUGCUCCAGUUCGGACCAGUGGCGUCUUCAAGGGGGGCUCUUCAGAGAUGCCUGGUUCCUCAGCUCAGAGUAUGAAGAAGACCAUUGGACACCGGGGAGUUGAGACCACCACCGGAGAGACCACUUACAAAAAGACAACAUCCUCUGCUCUAAAAGGUGCCAUUCAGUUGGGCAUCACUCACACGGUCGGCAGUUUGAGCCAAAAGGCAGAGAGAGAUGUGCUCAUGCAGGAUUUUGUGGUUGUUGAAAGUAUCUUCUUCCCCAGUGAAGGCAGCAACCUGACUCCAGCUCAUCACUACAGCGACUUUCGUUUUAAGACCUACGCUCCCAUCGCCUUUCGUUACUUCAGAGAGCUGUUUGGAAUUCGGCCAGAUGACUACCUGUAUUCACUGUGUAACGAGCCACUGAUCGAGCUCUCCAACCCCGGAGCCAGUGGAUCGCUCUUCUAUGUCUCCAGUGACGACGAGUUUAUUAUCAAAACUGUUCAGCACAAAGAGGCAGAGUUUCUCCAGAAACUGCUUCCUGGAUACUUUUUGAACAUCAACCAAAACAAGCGGACACUCCUGCCCAAGUUCUACGGACUCUACUGCGUUCAGGCGGGGGGCAAGAAUAUUCGUAUCUGUGUGAUGAACAAUCUGUUGCCCCGGAUAAUCCCCAUGCACCUCAAAUAUGACAUGAAAGGCUCCACCUAUAAGAGACGAGCGUCGCCUAAGGAGAGGGAAAAGGCUGUUCCCACAUACAAAGAUCUAGAUUUUAUCCAGGAUAUGCCUGAUGGUCUGCAGCUGGAAUCAGACAACUACAACGCCCUGAGCAAGACUAUACAGAGGGACUGUCUGCUCUUGCAGAGUUUCAAAAUCAUGGACUACAGUCUGCUGAUGGGUAUUCACAACAUGGACCAGGCCAGCCGGGAACGAGAACGGGCUGGGGGCUAUCCGGUAGACAGCGGGGUGUCGGAGGGAGCAGUGACCCCAGAUCAGCGCCGGCCGCAAGCCCAGAAGAGUCUUUACUGUACAGCCAUGGAGUCCAUCCAGGGGGAGGCUCGGGGAAAGGGAGCUUUGGAUUCAGAAGACCACAUGGGAGGCAUUCCAGCUCGUAACCCAAAAGGAGAGAGGUUACUCAUCUACAUUGGCAUCAUUGACAUCCUCCAGUCAUACAGAUUUGCUAAGCGAUUGGAGCACUCCUGGAAGGCCCUGGUGCAUGAUGGGGAUACGGUUUCGGUUCACAGACCUGGCUUUUACGCAGAGCGCUUCCAGCAUUUCAUGUGCAACACAGUGUUUAGGAAAAUCCCAUUAAAGCUUUCCCCAUCUAAGAAGAGCCGUAGUGGAGGUCAAGGGGGGCUUAGGAGGGUCCCCACUCUGGGAGCUCCCACUGUGCUCUCCCACGCAACAGGGCAGUUGGCUAUGGACCCCAGACUUGUUUACCACCCCCAUUUUAAAAGCACAGAGUCAGAGACUGACACUGUCCUGCCAGGCAGACCAGAUCUGGUUCCCAACACACAGCCGCUGCAAGACAACGCAACUGAAUGUGAGGCCAACCUGUCCACCUCAUCAGUAGGCAGUCUGGAAUUUGCUUCCUCUCCUCCCCUAAGGUCUGUGGGGGUGGAGGUGCACAAAUCUGCAAACACAGACUACGACCAGGGUGCUUUUCACAGUUUCGAGGUUGAAGGCAGUGCUGACAAUUCAGCCAAUCUGUCUGGAAGUGAAGAUAUAGUUUCUCUAUCUGACAUCAUCCCUGAGACGACCAUCAAUUUUUAAAAAACAAAGUGCUGUGUGAAGAGGACAUGUGCCUAGAAGAGAUGAGGCAGGCAGACGUAAGGAUAAGAAGAGCGAAAGCCUUCCCGUCCACCUGGGACCCCUGCACUACCAUUUAAACUCACAGUGGACGCCUGUGGAAGCAGCGACGGUUGAGACGAAGACGAGCAAUGAUGGGCCACAACACGUCCGUGUUUGCGUGUAUGUAGUCUUUCCCAACCGUCAACACUGUCACUGUGUGCGCGCACAUAGAUCCAUGUCCCAAAGGUCAUUUUCCCCCCAGAACUAUAUGAAUUUGAGUUAGAACCACAAUUUCUUUAUUAUUUUAUUGAUAGUUUUUUUUUCUACCCAUAGUCUGCUAAAAGCAGCAGUGCAUCAGGAAAGUAGUCAAAUGAGGACAUCUUGUUGUACUAUGAAGAUGAGUCACUAUUUUUUGUGUGGGUACAGAGCAGUACGUCAGAGAGGGAUCAUAGUUGUUUAUUUUUUCCUCCUGUUGCAGCACAUCAACUCACCCUUGGUACUCACCCCACUCUGUGGUUAGUGGAGGUUUUCAUAUCAAUAACUGUCAGUGCAAUCACAUUUUAGCUCUCAAGUUGUGGAUUUUUUUCAAUUUUUAUCAGAUGAGGUAACCGUAGAAGGAUGGCCCUAACCUGAGCAAAGCAGUCAGGUUUUACGCCACCGUGGUGCUGCAGACUGUAAGGCUACUUGUCGCCACUGCUGAAUGUACACGUUUCCACAUAGAAUGUGUCUUAUUAACCCAGAAGAAAGCGAUGAAAGUCUCCGCCUCUCAUGAUGUUGACCAUAUGUGCUAAAGGUUUGAUGUGAAUGGCGAGAAGAGCUGUUUGCAGCUUUCCUCUCUGAUGAAGUACUAAGCCAACCAUUUCCAGCUGCGACCGUUUUUGUAUUGUCGUGUCUGUUCCUAUUUAUGCAUUACCGUCCCCUCAACUGACGUUUUCUUUUACACACGCAUGCCUUAUCACUACAGACUAUCAGCUGCAUGUCGUCGGCGGCGAAUCAUUAUCCUGGGUUUGAAAUACAUUUUAAUGCAGACUGUACAACUCCUUACAGAGACUGUUAAAACCACACUGAAAAUAAUCAAGUCAAAAUGGUAUGAGAAUAAAGUGUGAAUAUUACGAGAAAAAAAAAAGUCUCAAAAUACAUAAGUGAAUGUAAAAUUUCCUACGCGAAGACAAACAGUGGAGACUAGCAGCCACUUUCUUUAGUGAGAGGUAAUUUAUUUAUCAGGUGUUGAUACUUUAUUAAGUAUGUGUACAGUAGUUGGGAAUUAAAUAAAGUCAACACAAGUAAAUACUGCUUCUCUCAGGAACACACAAUGACGUUAAAACAGCAGGGGAGAAAGGACAAGUCGUCAUCAGCGGCAUAUGUACAGAAAUAUCUAGUUGUCAAUAGCAAUUCAAGUCAGGAGAUUUGUGUAAACAUUUAUGUCCUCCAGGGUAGUCCUGACAAAGGAGUGGUGCAUCCCUGCAACAGCACCACAACCCUCCAAAAAGAUCAAUAUAAUUGUGUUUUGUAUUCUAUAUGGGGCCAGAUCACAACAGAAGUUAUUUAAGUGUACAUUCUGUAUAAAACAGGCCUAUAUCAUUUUAUGUUAUGUAAUCCACUAACUGCCCUCUAUUGUGACAUGCAGGGGUUCUUAACCUUUUUGAUCUCGGGACCCAACUUUUCAACUACAGAGGGGUCCGGGUCCCACCCAAAUAUUAACACUGAAUUAGUAAUCUGUCUUGAUUUUUAUCAUAUUCAAUCUUUAUAUCUAACCUACUUACAGUUUACAACCUUAUCAAGUGAUAUGAAACCAUGUGUUAAUCAACAGGAUUAUUAUUCAUUAACACACAAACUUUAGGCUGAAGUCAGGCUGAUUAGAAAAAUAAGUCCUAAACAAAUAUACUGCGUAAGAAGGGACUCACAAAUAAACUUACGUACAAUUAUGUUGUGCUAUAAUAAACUUAUUUAAUAGAUAGGUUUCUUAAUCAAUCAAUCAAUCAAUCAAUGUUUAUUUAUAUAGCCCUAAAUCACAAGUGUCUCAAAGGGCUGUACAAGCCACAACGACAUCCUCGGUACAGAGCCCACAUAAUAAACUCAAUAAAAUGAAAAUGCAAAUGAAAAUACAGCUUCACUACUUCAGUCAUCAUUUUUGCGCUUAAGAAACUUCUAUGAAUUUAGCUCGCCACUUCUGUUUUUUUUUCAUUGUCAUUACUGCCACAAGUGGUGGAGAAGUGUUACACCUGAGUACUGCUGCUGCCAAUAUGGACCAAAGCUGAGAAAUACAUAUUUGUUGGCGGUCCUCUUGGGGGCGCUAGUGACCCAACGAUAGGCCCCACCCCAAUGGUUGAGACACACUGAUAUCAUUUACUGUCAUAUUACAUUACAUCUUAAAAUGCCCUAAAAAAAAUGAAUGCGCAAAAUUACAACUUAUUCAAUCCUAAAAUCACAACUUUUUACUAUUACAGAUUUUGUGUAAAAGUGAAACUUUUUCCAUUAUUACGAUUUUAUUCUUGUUAAAACUGCUACCAUACCAUACAUUGUAAAACCAUUCAUAUUUUUCCUCGUUAAAUAACUCAAUUCUAAUAUUACGUUACAAGCUUAAAAUUACCAAUUGAAAUGUUAAUGCAUAAAAUUACGACUUUGUCAUAACAUCACAACUUUUAUUUUGAUUAUAACUUUGUGUACAAUGUUUACUUUUUUUGUAAAAUUCUGAUUAAUGGUAAUUUAAGACUUUACUCACUUGAAAUGAUGGCUUUUCCUUCAAGCACUCUAAAUAUAAUUGUUGCAAAAUUGCUUUUUGCAAGCCAUAUUGUUUCUUAAUCUUUAUUUUAUUUCCAUUUUUAUAAACUUUUGAAAAAUGGCUGUUCUUGAGAAUUACUCUCAAAAUAUUCUGACUUUAUUCUCAUAAGCAUUUUCCCCCUCAUUUUCAGUGUGGCAAGCUCCUUUGUACUUUGGGUAAAUUAAGUUUUUUAAAGAUCAGAAUGUCAUGAUGUAGGAGGGCAAUUUGGAAUAUUCACAAAUGCAAUUUUAAUUUGGAAAUCCUUAGCAAGGAGUUCUGUGUGAUGAUUAGUGUGCUCACUCUGUUGAUUCCAACAUGGCAUUCAAAUCCUCCACACUGGUCUUACAAUGCCGUGUUUCCCAACCCUUAUUAUGCUAUGGCACAUAUUUUUUUCAGAUAAAAAAAAUCUCACAGCAAACCACCAAAAAAAAGUGUCAGACAUGAUUAUUCUGCUAAUUAUGUAACUUCUGCCAUCUAGUGGAAGAGCAUUGAAUUGUUCAGUCUUUCACUAUACAUCACUGUCAUUGACCAUGAUACACUAUUUGUAGUAAGUAACAAUUUUCAGACCAAUUAAGUGAAAUUGGAUCAUUUAUUGUGGCAUAAUACACUUAACGUGGUUGGGAAUCACCGCUAUAAGGCAACAGAUGACUGAUGGACUCAAUCUAAUGUUGCUCAUUUCUGCUGGUUACAGAAAUGAUGGCGCCUGUGUCCACUCCUGGACCAACUACUAAAAAUUAUGUGUAUAAGUAGUUUUGGUUCUCAUUUAUUUUAUGUAGUCUUCUUUAUAUGCUUUUGCAUUCAUGCUGUUGCUGUUUCAGAGCACUAAAUAACACUUGGAGCUGGCCUUUUUAUUUUUAUUUUUAAAUUUACAGCAGUGAGAGAUUUCACAUACGCUCACUGUACAAUACGUGACUUCAUCUCGUCUGCUGUAAUUUUAACUACAUGUGGUCUUUGCAGCAGAGAACUUUAUGGACUGAAAGUAAACAAAAAAAUAUAAUGUUCAAUGCACAUUUUGUUUUUCAAGUCAGUCACUGCACCAAAGAGAGGAAGAGUUUUGCAAAAGGCUCACAGUAGUUCAGGAUAUAUUUAACAUUGGUUUUGGUCUGUGCUUUAAGGGGCCCUAUUCUACAUUUGCAACUUUUCAGACGUGUGUACACUAUCUGUUUAAACAUGAUGUGAAAAUACCAUAUCAUGAGGUUGCUGUGUUUUAGAAGGGAACUGCACUUUUUUGAAAUUAUGCCCAUCAUUUACAAUCCUUAUGUAAGAAAAGAACACAUAAGUUUUUCUUUUUUUUAAUGCAUUCUAACUUGUAAAUAAACACUAGCAACAGUGAGCUAGCAAUGGAGGUCAUGGGAUUUGCUCUAUUGUGCCUAUAAAGCACUCUAAAAACAUCCUCAAAUUGAUAUAAAACUGAUUAAAUAAUGUAGUUACAGGUAGAUCUAUAAUAACAUGUAAUAUUUACAUAUUUUGGUCAUUUUAAACAUACGGCAGCAUAUUAUUUCACAGAUGCAUCACAAAGUUCACUAUUUCCUUUAACAACAACUACUACUGAUUAUGGCAGACUUCAUGAGCGCCCAGAUCAGCUACUUUGGGACAAAUGAUGAUCCAGAACCUUAUAUAUUUUUCAGCCCAAGUAUACAGAGGAUGAGCAAGAGGUCUUAGGAGCUGAGUGAUAAUCAGAUCCAGGAAGUAGCACAAUUGCUAAACUAGAAAUACAAAGUACGGACAUAAAACAAGCACUUACUGUACAAUGUCUGCUCUGUUUGAUGCUGACUGAUGAGAUGUUUAUAUAUUGUUGUCUAGAUGAAGAAUUAAUCAUAAUCCCCACGUCGGUAAAAGAAAGACAUUUAAAAAACAAAAAAACAUAUUUUCAUGUCUUUCUUGUCCUCUCUGUCAGGGGCCUAAGUUGAAUGUCAAAGUUGAUUAACUUUUCAGUUUACGACCACAACCUUCUACUAUACAAGUGAGAGGCAUGAUUUAUAAUAUUUAAAUUAACUACUACUAACUCGGAGGUGAUGCAAAAGCUCACCGGCUCAGUCUGUCAAUAGUGUCACAAGCUAGUUACCUCUCUGUGAUCCCAGCGUCGCAAAAAGUAGGUCCUCAGCGUUGGCGCUUAUAAUACAAUAUCGCUAAUACUUGGUUAGUGUUCAGGUCACGAGAUGUAAAUGGAGUAUUGUUGUCGGUUUUUGUAUGUUUUUUUUAGAGGGCUUGGACAUAUGAUAUUACUCCUAUUAGCUGCAUUGUUAUCCACCUCGUACUUGGCGUUUUCUUACAAAUUUGAAUGAAUAAAAAAAGUCUUGUCUUACAUAGGAAUUGUGAAUGAUAGGCAAAAUUCCCCCAAAAAACUGCAGUUCCCCUUUAAGCUUAUCUUUGAUUUUGUUUGUAUGGCACUCCCGAAUCUCGUCAACGGUCGGUUAAGAGAACUUCACAUGGUCUUACAAAAUUUUCACAUCACAACUUUAGUAAGUACGUAUACAACUACUAAGUAAGUACGUGUACAACAACUAAGUACGUAGUAGAUGUAGUUGAUGACCAGCACUAUUCAGUACUGUUUGUCGCGGAUUCAUCAUAUUGCAGCCACAAAUUGUUUUUUGGGAUGUAAGAAUUGUUUCUAAACCAAUGGGAAUAUUUUGACUCUCGCUACUUAAUGAAAAGCUAUUUUGUGAAGAAAGGGCAGUUUUUACACCGGAUUCCUAAUAUUGAUCCAAUUGUUUACUGUUUGCAAAAAACAUUAGCAUGUUGAGGAGGGCGUGUCUCUGCAGCUUAAAGUAGUGUGUGUGACUUUUAUUCAGGAAUAGACUAAGACAUAUGUUUAACGAUUUGUAUAAAGGCUAAAAAUAAGUCAUGUGUACUUAAAGAUAAAAUGUGUUUAUUGUUGUGCUAUUAGUGUGUAUUAGUAUGUUCAUUUCAGCUUGUUCUCAUUACAAUAUGCCAUUUGCUCCAUUUUUCAAUUUUUUGUUUUGAUUAAUUUCAUUUCUUCAGUGUGCUGUGGUCCAAAAAAAACAAAAGGCCACUCGGUCGCACUUUAAACCUCCCUGCUUUUAUGGCUCCUCCUCAGAUUUGAGUGCAGGAUGUAAUGUUAGCGUAUUUAGAAAACCGUGGUAAUUAACGAGAGACGGGGAGUGUCAUUGCAGUUGGAACUAAUCGAAAAUUAUUUUUCGUUAAACGUUGAUCCAAAGUUGGUGGAGGUGGGCUGUACGCCCUCUGAACGUGAUACCUACUAGCUGGUCAAGCUCUUAGUCAGUGACAGCUGAGAUAUCUGGUUCCACCCAUGAUUAACCGCAGCAAAGUAGACGUGGUCUAGGAGCAGGUUGCUAAAUCCGAGAAUGUUGGCCUAGAGGAGAAGAAUGCAGAUUCACUUGAUAUUAAGAGAAAGUUACUAUAGUGCUCCACUGCAUGGGAUCCAAUAUCAUUUUAAAAGACCUUGAAAUGAGAAGGAUAGGAUCCCUUUAUGGAUCCAUUUUCAAACUGGAUUUGUUUUGCUAUUUAGUGUAAUGUCUCAGAAGCUACACACUCAUUAUUUUUAUUCUGUCAAGUGAGAGAUUGAUCAGCACACUCCUGUAAAAUGUACAAGAUAAUUUCACACUCCAGGAUUUUGCGAUGUUGCUAUCAUUUCUCGCAAAUUCAACCAAUCCCCACAAAUUAUGCUCGGCGUUGCAAUUUUGGCUAAAAUGUGCGGGGGGACAAUCAUCAUUUUUGACAAUGUAAUUUGUCCCCGAGCAGUGCUAAACACGCACGCUAACUCUCUUAACUAGCUAUUUGACUGGCACCCGACUGGCCUUUGAGUUCAGUUCAAAACUUGCGAGAAAGUAAUAUUUUUGCCGCAGAUUACGAAAUACGAGAGCUGUUCGGUGACUAAAGCUAAUCUAAGGUACGUACAGUACAGGCCAAAAGUUUGGACACACCUUCUCAUUCGAUGCGUUUUCUUUAUUUUCAUGACUAUUUACAUUGUAGAUUGUCACUGAAGGCAUCAAAACUAUGUGGAGUUAUGUACUUAAAGGCCUACUGAAAUGAAAUGUUUUUAUUUAAACGGGGAUAGCAGAUCUAUUCUAUGUGUCAUACUUGAUCAUUUCGCGAUAUUGCCAUAUUUUUGCUGAAAGGAUUUAGUAUAGAACAACGACGAUAAAGAUCGCAACUUUUGGUAUCUGAUAAAAAAAGGCUUGCCCCUACCGGAAGUAGCGUGACGUAGUCAAUUGAACAUAUACGCAAAGUUCCCUAUUGUUUACAAUGAUGGCCGCAUGAAGUGAGAGAGAUUCGGACCGAGAAAGCGACGAUUUCCCCAUUAAUUUGAGCGAGGAUGAAAUAUUUUUAAAUGAGGAAAGUGCAAGUGAAGGACUAGUGGGGAGUGGAAGAUGCUGUGAGAGCCGGGGGUGACCUGAUAUUCAGCUGGAAAUGACUACAACAGUAAAUAAACACAAGACAUAUAUAUACUCUAUUAGCCACAACACAACCAGGCUUAUAUUUAAUAUGCCACAAAUUAAUCCCGCAUAAAAACACCUAGGUGUUCAUAAUUUCAUCAUUGAUAUAUAAACUAUCAGACUGCGUGGUCGGUAGUAGUGGCUUUCAGUAGGCCUUUAACAAAAAACGGUGAAAUAACUGAAAACAUGUUUUAUAUUCUAGUUUCUUCAAAAUAGCCACCCUUUGUUCUGUUUACUGCUUUGCACUCUCUUGGCAUUCUCUCGAUGAGCUUCAAGCACACCUGUGAAGUUAAAACCAUUUCAGGUGACUACCUCUUGGAUCUCAUCAAGAGAAUGCCAAGAUUGUGCAAAAAACUAAUCAGAGCAAAAUGUGUUUUUUUUUUUUUCUCACCUUUUUUUCUUUAGUACAUGACUCCACAUGUGUUCAUUCAUAGUUUUGAUGCCUUCAGUGACAAUCUACAAUGUAAAUAGUCAUGAAAAUAAACUUUUGGCCAGUACUGUAGGUCUUUAAAAGUGGCAAAAUGCUACUGUUGUAUAGAAGAUCUUGGACCAGUUUUAACUAAUUGCUUGUGUUUUAAUUUAGAACUACCUAUUUGUUGAAGUAAAACUUUUAAAUUUGGGCCCCCUGGUCCACAGCUUUCUGGAAAUGUGCCCCCAAAACAAUUUAGUUGAGUAGCCCUGGUUUACUGUUCUAGCCCACAGCUAAUCUAGCUGGCAUCCGUUACAUUAAGCACAAUCUUUAUGGUCUGGUCAGCAACACUCCGGGACGUAAAAAAAAACAGUAAAAAAAAUAAUCACGUGGUGUCAAAGAUUCUUUGUGAUUUAACCCUUGUGCACACCUACGGCCCAAAAUGGGUAUUAUAUGUUCAUUUAAUAAUAUGUUCAGUUUAAAGGUUGGCGGUCUGAAAUUUUCCCCGGGAAUUCUUCACCAAUUUAUAUCAUUAUUUUAUCACAUUUUUGGAUUGUAACAUUGUAGUAUAGGAUAUAAACAAAUUAUGCACACUCUUUCUUAAAGCGGUCAUAGUAUGAUUUGUUUUCUACAUUUAAAAUACUUCCUCGUGGACUACAUAACAUGUAAUGAUGGGUUUUUGGUUAAAAUUUUGCAUAGAAGAUGUUUUACAGACCAUAUUCAAGCCGCUUUCUGACCAUCUCCUCAGGAAGUGCUGUUUUGUUGGCGGUCUUAUUUAUGUGGCUCCACUUCAACUGCGUCUUUUCCACGUCAUCCAUGUUGUAGUCUUCAGCGCUUCCAUAUACUGACAGAUAUAAAUGAGAAUUGUACGCUAUUUUGUAUUAGAAAUGGCAACAGCGGAGGUUGCAUGUGCAUGUACGAGCCAGUCUGCCCCUCAACAAGGGGAUAGAAAAAAAGAGGGAGCUUAGUGACUACAAAGCUCUUUGGGUAUAACAUUACCAUACUGUACAUGGAUAAUCCGCUGAUGUCACCAAUGGGGAAAAAUGGCACAAAUGGGGAAAACAGAUCAGUUUGUAGAAGUAUGAAGGCAGGUGAGAUUGUUUGAUAGAAAUCUCCGGAAUGGCUACACAGUUUGAUUUCACAUUUCUUGGACUUGUCCAAUUUUUUUCAUAUAGGGCAUCUUUAACCCCUCAUUAUACCCCUAUUGUAACUGUUUAAGACUGUAAUAAUGGUAUAUUAUUGUACUUUUGCCAUGAAACCCAAAUGAAUCUCAUUCUUGCCAAUGAAAAUAAAAAUUAAAAAAUUAUGUAAUUGUGCUCCUUAACCGACAGAUGGUGCCAGAAAACCAUGAGCAUAAUUAUCAGAGCUUUGAUGAGCGUAAAUGAGUUAAUCUCUAUUAAACCACUGAAAUGCACUAACAAUAAUAUUGGGAAGUUAUAUAUAACAUGAAUUUGUUCAAAGAUUUCAGAAUAAAAAUUAAAGGUUAAUUUCUUGCUGAUAUAUGACACUGUUAUGCGCGGGUCCUUUGUGGGUCCUAAGUGUGUACAGUCACUCCUAAGGUUGCACAAGGGAUAAAAAGCAAGAACCAUUUGCAUGAUGAUUACAAGUCGAUGCAAUGUUGUUGGAAAAAAAUAAGCCUCAACAUCUUUAGCACACAUUUUUGAAAAAGCUGACAUGAAUUCAGGCACUAGUCUCUCAAAAACGCCUGCGAAAACCUGGAGUGACUGUGAUUGACUACAUUGGUGGUAGCUUGUAGGUCUGUUUUUUUUGUAGUCCAGAUAUCCUUGGCGUUAAAACCAAAAUGAGCAGAAAAAGUUUGAUUUCGUUGCCGUUUAAUUAGAAAUGUUUUGGUUCCGUUUUGUGUUGCGUUGACUGACAGUUCUGUCUACAAUGCAUGGUGUCCCAAACCUAUUUCAGCCCAAUUUCAAAAUGUGAUGUUUGACCCUUGACCCAUUUUGAGUCGCAACUAUUGGUUUGUAACCCUAAUCUAACCGAUGAAUGCAUUUUGUCUUGCACCCACACCACAUCCUCCUAUGGUGCUUCCAUGUUUGGACACUACAUUUUUGUUAAGAGCCAAUGCAAUAUGAACCACAAUCUGCCAGCGCUCACUAUACGCAGAAGUAUAUUUAUUUAUAGGCUUGAAAUGAAAAAGUUGUACUGUCUAGAAGGAUUCCUGAAACUUUUAUCAAUACAUGAGGACAACUUUUUUGUUAUGUUUCAGAUUGUGAUACGAUAAAAUAGAAUUCUAUUCUCUCCACGGUGGGUUGUUAAUCUCCCACACUUUUUUUCUACAUGAAUGUUUUACAUGAGCCGAUUGUUGCUGGUUGUCCGAAUAUGAUUCAAUGACUAUAUUUCUACAAGAUGUGUAUACAAAAAAUGUGUAUAAUGUACAUAUGUCACUGAAAUGCCUUCUCAUGCAAAAUGUGUUGCCUGUACGCUCCUACCAUGUUCCAUUUAAUGUGGUGAUGUUUUCAUGCAUUGUAAGGAUUAAACACCUUUUGUAAAUCUU